CGGAAGAGUGUCAUCGGGAUUUGUGUAUUGGCAACAGAUGAACGCUUCUGGAGGACACCGAACAAGGAUAUUUCGUUAUUACGGAGUUGUGUGCUCGUUAAAUGUUCGUUGCAGACUAAUUCAGUCGACACUGUUUUUAAGAUGAACGUGCUGCGUUGAGCGCGAGUAAAUUAGUCGUGACAGAGUCAAAGCACAAGGGAGAAUCUGUUUCACAAACCUGCUGCACAGGGUCACUGGCUGCAGAUUUCAGAAUCUGAUCACAUUGGCCAUUUGCUGACCAGAUUUUGACAUCUGUUUACCAUGAGGUUUGCAGUGGCACUCCGUGCUGUUGCUUUGGUUCUUCUGUUGGGCUUUACCUGGCUUCUAGCAAGUUCUAUUCUAGGAGGGGAUGGGAACUCCUUGAUACGAAUGCUGUUUAGUGGUGGACAAGAAGAGCCCACUCCAGAACCACGACCACGCAAGUACAAAUGUGGCCUGUCUGCACCAUGUCCCCCCAAACAUCUCGCGUUCCGGCUGACCUCUGGUGCUGCCAAUGUCAUCGGCCCCAAAAUCUGUCUGGAGGAUAAAAUUCUUGUCAGCAGUGCUAAAAACAAUGUUGGCAGAGGGCUCAAUAUUGCCUUAGUAAAUGGGGUUAAUGGAGAUGUUUUGGAAAUAAAAGCAUUUGAUAUGUGGGCAGGAGAUGUUUCAGAGCUGCUGAAGUUUCUUCGUCCUCUCCAUGAAGGAACGCUAGCAUUUGUUGCUUCUUUUGAUGACCCGGCCACCAAGUUAAAUGAUGAGGCGCGACGGCUGUUUGAGGAGCUGGGGAGCACAGCAGCGAAAGAACUGAGCUUCAGGGAUAGCUGGGUGUUUGUUGGAGCCAAAGGAAUAGAAAAUAAGAGCCCAUUUGAACAGCGGAUGAAAAACAGUAAAAGCAGUAAUAAAUAUGAAGGCUGGCCCGAGUCUCUGGAGAUGGAUGGCUGCAUUCCUCUGCGCGCUCCUUUAGAAACUUAAGGCCUCAUGGGUUCUUUGAACUACGAACACUUCUAACACGAGGAACAAGGAGCACUACGUACAAGUACAACUCCGCUGCCUAAAGAUUUUACUCAUUGGAUGGUUUGAAGUGGAAUUUCCUUGUAGAGCCGUCUGC